GUCGAGGUGACCUGGGCCGGGAUGCGGGAGGAGCUCGCGGCGAAGUGGCCCGGUGCAGCCGGGCGAGGUCGGUCCACGUGGAGCUGGGAGCCUCAGGCUUCUGUACACAGAGCUGCAGACGAUGGUUGUUGGUGCUGUUAUUUGUUACGGCGUCAUUGUGGGGUGUGUGUGUGUGCGUGCGCCGUGGCUUCGGUUUGAUCUGGCUUAUAGGAUGUUCUGGAAGUGAAGGCCCCCUGAAGUGGAAGACAGCAUUGGUACUUAUUAAUAAUGGCCAACUCAAGUUUCAUUGGAGAUCAUGUCCAUGGAGCUCCUCAUGUUGUCAUGCCAGAAGUGAAGCUCCCUGACCAGUUCUUUACAGUUCUAACCAUGGACCAUGAAUUGGUGACAUUCAGGGAUGUGCUUAUCAACUUCUCUCAGGAGGAAUGGGAAUAUUUAGAUUCUGCUCAGAGGAACUUGUACUGGGAUGUGAUGAUGGAGAACUACAGCAACUUACUCUCACUGGAUUUGGAGUCCAAGUAUGAGACAAAGCUUUUAUCUAUAGGAACAGACAUGAUUAAAAACACUGGUUCUCAGUGGGAGGUAAUGGAAAGUAGUAAGUUAUGUGGCCUUGAAAAUUCCAUUUUCAGAAAUGACUGGCAAAGCAAAAGCAAGAUUGAAGUACAGGGACCUAAAGGGGGAUAUUUUAGUCAAAUGAAAACCAUCUCUCAAAAUGUGCCCAGUUACAAAACUCAUGAAUCUUUUACAUUACCUCAGAGAACUCAUGACAGUGAGAAGCCCUAUGAAUAUAAGGAAUAUGAGAACGUCUUCAGUUUUGAUGCAAAGUUUGAUGAACAUCAGAAAAAACAUACUGGUGGAAAAAACUAUGAAUGUAAUGAAUGUUGGAAAGCCUUUGGGAUAGAUAACUCCAAUAUGCUACAAGUGAAUAUUCAUACUGGUGUGAAACCUUGUAAAUACAUCAAAUAUGGGGAUACAUUUUGUUUUUAUAAAGACCUUAAUAUACACCAGAAAAUUCAUAAUGAGAAGUUCUAUAAAUGUAUGCAAUACAGAAGGACCUUUGGAAGAGUUGGAGAUGUUACUCCACUUAAAGGAAUUCAUGAUGGUGAGAAACACUUUGAAUGCUCGUUCUGUGGGAAAUCCUUUAGAGUGAAUGCACAACUUACUCGACAUCAGAAAAUCCAUACUGAUGAGAAAUCUUACAAAUGUCUGGAAUGUGGCAAGGACUUCAGAUUUCAUUCACAACUUACUGAACAUCAGAGAAUUCAUACUGGUGAGAAGCCCUACAAAUGUAUGCACUGUGAGAAGGUUUUUAGAAUUAGUUCACAGCUCAUUGAACAUCAAAGAAUUCACACUGGUGAGAAACCUUAUGCAUGUAAGGAAUGUGGGAAGGCUUUUGGAGUUUGUAGAGAACUUGCUCGUCAUCAGAGAAUUCACACUGGUAAGAAACCUUAUGAAUGCAAAGCAUGUGGAAAGGUCUUUAGAAAUAGUUCAUCCCUGACUAGACAUCAGAGGAUUCACACUGGUGAAAAACCCUAUAAAUGUAAUGAAUGUGAUAAAGCAUUUGGAGUAGGUAGUGAACUUACUCGACAUCAGAGAAUUCACAGUGGUCAAAAACCUUAUGAAUGUAAGGAGUGUGGAAAGUUCUUUAGACUUACGUCAGCCCUUAUUCAACAUCAAAGAAUUCAUAGUGGUGAGAAACCUUAUGAAUGUAAGGUAUGUGCGAAGGCCUUUAGACAUAGUUCAGCCCUUACAGAACAUCAGAGAAUUCAUACUGGAGAGAAACCCUAUGAAUGCAAGGCAUGUGGGAAGGCCUUUAGACAUAGUUCAUCCUUUACCAAACAUCAGCGCAUUCAUACUGCUGAUAAACCCUAUGAAUGUAAGGAAUGUGGGAAUUCCUUUAGUGUGGUUGGACAUCUUACUUGCCAUCCGAAAAUUUAUACUGGUGAGAAAUCAUUUGACUGAAAUGAAUGUAUAAAGUGUUUUUUAAUUUCUGAUUUUCACAGGAAAAAACUAUGGAUAGAUUUAAUAGGUAAUCAAGGCAAUUCAUUAUCUCCUUCUUUUAAAGUCUAUUUUAGACUUUGUGGCCAUUCUGUAUGUAGAAGUAGAAUUGCUUAGUCAUAGCUGAUAUAUACUUAUAGCUUUGUUAGAUAUUGCCAAAUAUUUCUCUUUUAUAUUAAAAAGUUUUUUUUCAGGGGUUUCUCAUGCAGGCAUGUUUUGUUUACAAUACCUUUUGGUGUUUAUAUUUUUGCUCUUUUGUCUUUUUAGUUUUGUAAUUGUAGUAUUUCUUCAAUAUCUUUUUUAGAUUGUAAUUAUUUGCUUGUGACAUCUAUACUUAUUUAUUUUCCUCCAGAAAGUCAGAACUCCCAGUCAGAUACAACAUAUUUUUACACUCUUAUAGCUCUUCAUUUUGUGUAAUGUGCUUUUUUUUUUUCUUUGAUAAAAAUGUGAUCUUUCCAUUUUCAUCAAAUGGUUGCCCUCUCUUUAAAUUUCUACUUUAUUUUGAUAUAACAUAUUCCUCUUUUAAAAAAACCAC